AUCAAAUCAUUCAAAGGUCAAAGCAUAAAAUAUAUUUGAUAUAAUGGAACCAAUUUCUUUAUUAAAUAAAGAGAAGACAUUAGUUUUAAUUGGACGAUCUGGAAAUGGUAAAAGUUCAACAGGAAAUAACAUUCUCAGGAAAAAAGCUUUUAAAUCAAGAACUCGUAUGUGUGAAUUACAAAAAACUGUCACAAAAGAUGGAUCUACUAUUAAUGUUAUUGACACUCCAGGACUAUUUGAUGGAAGUGAUUCUAUCGAAAAAGAAAUAAUCAAAUGUAUUGAUUUAGCUAAAGAUGAAAUUCAUGCAAUUCUUGUGGUAUUUUCCGUUAGAACUCGUUUUUCUGAAGAAGAACAAGUUAUUUUAAGCAUCUUGCAAACUUUGUUUGGACACAAAAUUGUUGACUACAUGAUUAUAGUGUUUACCGGAGGAGAUGAACUUGAAUAUAAUAAAGAGACUUUAAAUGAUUACAUAGGUCAAGAAUGUCCACAACCUCUUAAGGAUAUUUUACUUCAAUGUGAGAAUCGUAAAGUACUUUUUGAUAACAAGACUAAAGAUGAAACAAAACAAUUACAACAAGUUCAACAACUUUUCGAUCUUGUAAACCUAGUCAUAUCGAAGAAUAAUGGACAGCCAUAUACAAAUAAAAUAUUUGUGAAAUCACAGGAAGGGUCAAAAUUGAAGCAAGAAACUUCAAAUGUUUGGGAAAAGUUGGAAGAAGAAAGAGUUGAAAGAGUUAAGAUUGAAGAAAAUUGUAAAUUAACAGAAGCUAAGUUGAAUGAUGAAAUUCAAAGUUUGAAGUAUAAUAUUGAGUCAGCAAAACGAAGGCCACAUAUAUCCCGACAAAUGCAGAUGCAACCUGAAUUUGAUAUGAUAGAACAGAAACCAUUGCUUAAUAAUGAAAAGAAGACAUUAGUUUUAGUUGGAAGAACAGGAAAUGGUAAAAGUGCAACUGGAAAUACCAUUCUUGGAAGAAAUGCUUUUAAAUCAAACAGAUACUCUUCUAGUAUGUCACCUAUUUGUGAAUUACACCAAAAGGUCACCCAAGAUGGAUCAAUUAUUAAUGUUAUUAACACUCCAGGAUUAUUUGAUGGAAGUGAUUCUGUUGAGAAAGAAAUAGUCAAGUGUUUGGAUUUGGCAAAAGAUGGAAUUCAUGCAAUUCUUGUGAUGUUUUCGGUCAAAACUCGUUUUUCUGAAGAGGAACAAGCUACUUUACGUGUCUUGCAAACUUUGUUUGGACAUAAAAUUAUUGACUAUAUGAUCAUAGUGUUCACCGGAGGAGAUGAACUUGAAUAUAACAAACUAACACUGGAUGAUUAUUUAGGUCAAGAAUGUCCAAUAGCUCUUAAGGAUAUUUUGCUCCAAUGUGACAAUCGAAAAGUUCUAUUUAACAACAAAACUAAGGACGAAAAGAAGCAACUACAACAAGUUCAACAACUUCUCAAUCUUGUGAACAUGGUUAUAUUAAAGAAUAAUGGGCAACCAUAUACAAAUAUAACAUUUGUGAAAUCACAGGAAGGGUCAAAAUUGAAGCAAGAAACUACAAAUCUUUGGGAAAAGGUGGAAGAAGAAAGAGCUGCAACACAUAAGAUUCAAGAAAAUUUUAAGUUAAAAGAAGCUAAGUUGAAUGAUAAAAUUCAAAGUUUGAAGUAUAAUCUUGAGUCAGCAAAUAAAAGACCACAUAUAUCCCGACAAAUGCAGAUGCAACCUGAAUUUGAUAUGAUAGAACAGAAAGCCUUGCUUAAUAAAGAAAAGAAGACAUUAGUUUUAGUUGGAAGAACAGGAAAUGGUAAAAGUGCAACUGGAAAUACCAUUCUUAGAAGAAAUGCUUUUAAGUCAAACAGAUACUCUUCUAGUAUGUCACGCAUAUGUGAAUUACAACAAAGUGUUACAAAAGAUGGAUCAAUUAUUAAUGUUAUUAACACUCCAGGAUUAUUUGAUGGAAGUGAUUAUGUUGAGAAAGAAAUAAUCAAGUGUUUGGAUUUGGCAAAAGAUGGAAUUCAUGCAGUUCUUGUGAUAUUUUCGGUUAGAACUCGUUUUUCUGAAGAAGAACAAGCUACUUUACGUGUUUUGCAAACUUUGUUUGGACACAAAAUUAUUGAUUACAUGAUCAUAGUUUUUACUGGAGGAGAUGAACUUGAAUAUAACAAAGUGACACUGGAUGAUUAUUUAGGUCAAGAAUGUCCACAAGCUCUUAAGGAUAUUUUACUCCAAUGUGACAAUCGCAAAGUGCUCUUUAAUAAUAAAACCAAAGAUGAGACAAAGCAAUUACAACAAGUUCAGCAGCUUCUCCAUCUUGUGAACAUGGUUAUAUUGAAGAAUAAUGGACAACCAUAUACAAAUAUAACAUUUGUGAAAUCUCAGGAAGGGUCAAAAUUGAAGCAAGAAAGUACAAUUCUGUCGGAAGAGUUGGAAAAAGAAAGAGUUGAAAGACUUAAAAUUGAAGAAAAUUGGAAGUUAACACAAAGUAUGUGGAAUGAAGAAAUUCAAACUUUUAGGUAUGAUGUUGCGUCAACAAAUAGAAGACCAACUAUAUUCCGACAUCUAAUGUCUAACUGUCAUCUUCUCUGAGUUUAACACUAUUUUAUCUUCACAAUUCAAGUAUUUGUAAGGUUAUCAUGUGUGUGUGUAUAUAAUUAAUUGUAUGUGUGAAAAAUGUGUGAUGUA